AUGGAAGAAAUGAUGAAGAUGUUCUACAAGCUUGAACAAGCUAGCAUAGAAUCAACGUUACAAAAUUACAAUAUUUUACUAGAUAGUCUUUCAGCAACUGGAAAGUGUAGGAAAUGUAUGGAGAUUCUUAGUUGGUUGGGAAGUUCGAGUGUACAACCUCAAGUCAACAUGUACAAGAAGGUUCUCAAAUGCUUGGAGAAUGAGGGAAAUGAUAAGUACAUUGUUCUUGUUCAAGAGAAAAUUGAGAAAAUGGAAAAUACAGAGUUUGCAUGUGUUAAAGCAAAAGACGUGGCAUGUGAAAUACUGAAAAAAGUUUUCACAAAUGCAUUGCCAGAGGUGCUAAGUCCUCCCCUCAUGGGCUAUGAUAGCCUCCUUGCAGAUAUCAUGGAAAAUUCAUUGACAGAAGUGGUUGCUCCAACUGGAAGUGGUAAAACACAAUUCUGUCUCAUGCUUUCAGUGUUAGCAGCACUACCAGAGAAUCAUGGAGGACUUAAUGGAAAUGUUGUCUAUAUUGACACAGAACACAAAUUUAACUCAUGA